GUGAGUGCGGAUGUGCUGUGUGGUAUCAGUGAAGCCAUGUGCACAAUAAUAGGAUCAUAUUCGCUAAUGGGCAGGGAUUGAUGUAGAUGGGAGUGCGUCUGAAACAGUGGGAGAUGCUUAAAAAUGGCCUGACCCUACGUCAGAACACUUUAUAUCUUCACCAUCCUGCAAGGAAACGAGUGUUUGGUUCGUGAUUCUUCAGGUUUGACACCUCGCCACGAGCAGACAACCGAAAUAAAAAAGACUGAGAAAAUGGGCGAGCCAAAAUCGUAUCUGUUUGAUCAGGGAAGAAAACUCCCUUUCACAAUAGUGGGGUUGAGAAGAGAAAUGUCAAUGGCUCAUAUUUGACCAGUGCUCACACUGGAAGAGUUAAUGGAGGGUGAAACCAUGAGGACUCUUCAGCCAGUGAAAAAGUCCAUCCUCUUUCUUGUUCCCUGUCUUCUACUGCUCUACUUCUACAACAGUUGGCUGACGGGAUUCCAGCCUGUGAACACCGUCCAUCCCUACAUCCUCUGCAAAAACAGCAGCGGCUACAGCCACAACGUGACCAUUUUGCUUUGGCACUUUCCUUUUGGUGUAUCGAUGAAGUUAGAUGGUGAUGUAUGCUGGGAUCUCUACCACAUUCCUCGCUGUAGACUGGUGGACCAGCGCUCCGCCAUCUCCUACGCUGACGUGGUGGUCUUCCACAACAGAGAGCUCGUUAUGGGUCAUGAGAAGCUGCCCUUGGACCAUGUGUGUCCGCAGCAUCAGAGGUGGGCCUGGAUGACCCUGGAGUCUCCAGUUAACAAUGGAAACUUGAGACAAUUCUCAAAUAUCUUCAACAUGACCAUGACCUACAGGAGGGAUUCUGAUGUCCCUCUGCCCUAUGGGAUGAUUCUGCCAAAGGCUGAGGCUGAGGAAGCACAGCUGGAAGUUGUACCUCUGAAUAAGAGCUCUCUCAUCUGCUGGGUUGUCAGCAAUUACCAGAGCCACUACAAAAGAAGCCAGGUUUACCAAGAGCUCAGUUCACUGGUUCCUGUCCAGGUUUACGGGAAAUGGAGCAAGAAUUACCUUCGGGAUUCCAAGCUCUUACCUACCAUUUCUCACUGCUAUUUUUAUUUGGCCUUUGAGAACUCUAUUGCAACAGAUUAUAUCACAGAGAAGCUGUGGAAGAAUGCCUUCCAGGGUGGAGCAGUUCCAGUUGUCCUCGGUGCACGUUUGAGCGACUACAGAGCCGUAGCACCACCUCAUUCGUUCAUCCACGUGGAUGACUUCACCUCGGUCAAGGAUUUGGCCAAGUAUCUGCAGCAGCUGGCCAAGGACGAAAAACGCUACCGGGAGUAUUUUACCUGGAAAGAAAAGUGGGAAGUGAAGCGUUUCACCGACUGGAGGGAGAGACUCUGUCAGAUAUGUCUGCACUUUGACACUUUACCUGAACAUAAAGUUUACCCCGAUCUCAUGGCCUGGAUGAGCUCCUGAAAACCUGUUGAGUUUUUUGGGGUGGUGCAAGCGAACAAGGACAAUUUGUAUCAGCUAAACAGCUGUAAAUUACAUAACAAUGUUUUGAGAAAGGAAUAAAAACUACAUUAUUGCCUUUUAAA